AUGGGUACUAUCAAAGUCUUGUGGGCAAAAGAGAAUGUGUACUCCAUCAGUGUUGGGGAUGAAGCAAUGGUGAGAAGAUUGAUGGACGGUAAUCCAUGGUUCAUUAAGGGUUUCACCUUUACUGUCAAAUAUUGUCCCCUAUACCACUCGCUUGAUGAUAUUAUUCCAGAUCGGGCAAUAUUUUGGGUACAGGCUCAUGGCUUCCCUAGAAACAUGUGUUCUCCUGGUAAUGCAAGGAAGCUAGGGGCGAGGAUUGGUUCUGUUAUGGAAAUUGAGGAUGUUGAUGAAGUGGGUUUCAAAGGCUUCCUUAGAAUGCGAAUUGAUCUUGAUGCAUCCAAACCCCUUCCCCCUGGUUUUUCCAUGCCUUGUCAAGUCACGGGCUGA